AUGCCUCUUGAAUCCUCUUUUAUAGCUAUCUUUCUCUUCCAGAUUGCACCUCGCAUGCGCCUUUCCCGGUCCUUAUUCAGUGCGACCAAGAAAUUCUUCAGCCAAGCAGUAGGCGGAUCCUCAGCUGGUUCUGUUCCGGCCCCUCCUCAGAUUUCCACUUUAUCCUCUUCGCCCCUGCCUUCCUCAUCAUCACUCUCCUCUCCAACGUCAUUGUCGCUAAUACAGCAAAAGCCAGCCGCAUCGCAAUCCGGUCUCGUCACUCAGGCACCGAUAAGCCUAGUCCCCCAAGGAAACAUUUCUGGACAGUUGGGCCUUUCCAGUACUGUGAACGGCACUUCCGGGAUGACUAUCAGCAAUUUGGCAUGCUCCACUUCUUCUUGGCAGACCGGUAACCCUCCUGUAGAAACUUCGUCGGGGGAUCAGAUCUCCGGACUAUCCAGUCUUGGGACUAGUAUUCCCGUUGCUUCGACGGCUAGUAGUACUAACGCAGCCUUAACGAUUGUCUACGCACCAGAAGCUGUGGAGCUGCAGAUGCGCCGUUUGGCUGACCUUGCUUUUCUUUUCCAGCAGUAUGAAUCGGCACAUCAAGCUUACAAUGUCCUUAAACGAGACUUCCAGAACGAUUCAUCCUGGUUGCAUUAUGCGGGCGCCAUGGUAAAUCUUCUUUUCUAUGCAUUAAUGUGUCAUGGUCCUAUUUUAUGA